UGACUUGUGUUGAAUCUAUAACAGUUACGCGGGAUAUUCGAGUUAUUCCCGUUUUUAAGGUAUGAUCUCGUCAACUGUUGUUUUUGUAAGAACUCGUACAGGCAUUAAUGUUAGUGUUCAUAACUCAAAAUCGGAUCUAUAAACGUAUAUCGUCAUAUCCGGAUGCAGUCACCUGGGUUAGUCCAACUUUGGCGCCUUGGCUGCUUCUUCAGUCCAGUCAUGUCAGAGGCCGUCUCCGUGCUUCGCUGUUUCCAGACGUGACCCUCUGCAGUGACAAGGGGCUUAGCCUUGCUCAUAUACCCACAGGAAAGAAACAGAAGCAAUUCUGUGUGUUCUCUAUUAAGCUGUCAAGUGGGUUCUGUGGUCCAGAGAGAAGACCCCUCAGCACGGUGUCCCCUCGUAAGCACUCAUAAGAUUACAUUGUGCUGUGCAUUGUAUUAAAUUAAAUGCAGCAUUUCUGGACCACUUCAUGGGAGAGAUCUGACAAUUAUUGUGCCGCCACAAAAAUGUUAAGGUUUUAUUUACUUACAUUUUAGUUGUAAAGAAGCCCAUUUUAAAACUUAAAACAUUAUAGAUAUAAAUGCAAUUCAAUAUUUAAUAACUGGAGUCAGAAACAAACAGUUUUGGUUGGAGCUCCUUAAAAAUAACCACUGACUAGAGGCAAUAGGUGGGUUCCUGAAAAUAGAGGAUGGCCCCUGAGAUCCAGACAGUGGUGUGUUCCACCCAAGCCUGGCUGCAGACCUCCUGGCAUGUCCAGGUGCCCUAUGCCUGGCUGGAAGCCUGUGUGGAGUGGCUACAAGAAGAGGCAGGUGGGCCAGGUCGUCUGUCACAGCAGCAAAUUAACCAACAGGCUCUGGACCAGUGGCUGCUGACAGAUCUGAGGGACCUGGAUUGUCCUGUUCUCCCUGAAAGACUUGCUGAGGCACUUAAGACUAAACUCAGCGGCACUUUCUGUGUUCAGGUUGACUCAUUUCUUGACAUCAGUCAGCCUGCAUAUGGGCAGCUACAGAAAUGGAAGGGCACAGACUGCGGCAACGAUGAUGUGUCCGCAGUCACGCAGACCACCCAGAGGCCUUGGGAAGCCAGACCGACACGUAUGCUACUGCUGCAGAUAACGGAUGGAGUCCAGAGCUUGGAGGCCAUGGAGUAUCAGCCCAUCCCUGCACUCAGCACAGCCCUCAGGCCUGGCGCAAAGCUGCAGUUGCAGGGACAAAUGGUUUGCAGACUUGGGAUGCUGCUGUUGGGGCCUUCCAAUAUCAAAGUCCUGGGUGGUGAGGUGGAAGACCUAGUGGACAGGAAUACACAGGGCCGGGUACUGUCCCGUACACUUGGACUUGCUGAGGUGGAGGAGCAGCAGCAGCAGCAGCAGGAAGAGGAGGAAGAAGAGGGACCACCAGCACCACAGCAAGUUAACCCUGGUGAGGAAGACCUGGACCUUGAUGAUGCAGAGUUGUUGGCCAGUCUGGACACACAGGAGGAGGUGCAAAGGGUUCCGGUGGGUUCUGUUGGAGACAGUGGCUACGGGACACUGGGUGACAUCUCCACUUCCUCUCUCAGGAGUGUUGUCUCCACAGCGUCAUCCAGAAGUGAAGCCUCCGCCCACUCUUACAGAAGUGGCUUGGCCCACAGUAGCAGAGGUGGUUUGCUCCAGGAGGAUCCUGACCCCAUUGACCUCCUACUAUCUGACCAAGAGAUUCAGGCAGAGGUCCAAGACCACCACAUGGCAGAAGAAGACUUUCCUGAUGAAGACUUCGACGAUAUUCCUUUUGAUGAGUUGGACAGUGUGAUCUAUCGGCAAACCACAAAUGUUACUGCGCACAGUGUCAGUCACAGAAACACAUCUAAAAGUAACACCAGAACAUCGGGGAAUCCCGGCAGUUUCGACGGCGCCACAAAAGCCCAAACUUCACAGUUUGAGCGGCACGAGUCAAAUUUCUCAGGGUUACGUUCUGGUUCUUGCAACUCCAGAUCUAUCACACCGAACAGAGACCUUUUAGGCAGUGCUAAAGGAGCUAAUGGGCAGUUAGCAGCCACAACUUCCACACCGUCCUUUACCCCAACAGCUUUAGAGCCGUCACAUGAACCACAACUCAUAAGUGAUGAGGAGACAGAUUUUAUGGAUGAGGACAUGGACUGCUUUCUUGAAGAGGUAGAAAACUUUGGCGUGCAUCCUGGAGCGCAGGGGCCGAGGAGAGACAUAGCGGACGCUACCAAAGCAGAGAGUUCAGGGCCCAGUUAUGCACCUGAUUCAUCAAGAUCUGUAAGAGAUGGUGUUUCUAUUCGCACAGGACACACAACACCUCAUGAGCAAACUUCAAACAGUGCAGACCACAACAAACUGCCUGCUAAAAAGGAUACACAAAGUGACAGGACAGCUCCUGUUCUCACUCUGACCUCUCCACCUUUUACGUACUUGUGUCUCCUAGAGGACCUGAAGUCUAAGCCACACCCCCGCACCACAGAGAUCCGUGUGAAAGCGUUCAUCGUUACUCUUCUAGGGAAACUCAUCAGCAGGAACAAUGCUUGGAGUGUGUGUGCAACAAUAUCAGAUGGAACCAGUUACAUGGAUGUGGAGCUGUCGGAUAAGGUUUUGACGGACCUGCUUGGCUUCUCCGUGGCGGAGAAGGCGUCUCUGAAGCGUAACCCAGCCCGGAGGGGUGAGCUUGACGCAGGGAUGCGGAGAUGUCAGGAAGGCCUGGUGGACAUGUGUUGUCUUAUGACCAUUGUGGUUGAACCCGACGGUGGGAAAGCGGUUGUGACAAAGGCAGACCAGGUCACUGAGAAAGUACUGCAGGAGCUGGAGAUGAGGGCAAGAGCCAGGAGAAGAUAAACACAGAAAAAGGUUCAGGGACUCUUGAUUAAAGAUGAAAAGUCACAACCUUAAUGGAAUUAAAUAUAAGACCACGCAGUAACAGUGCCACAAAAGGUUUCCCCUCACACAAAAUUGAAACAAAGGUAUUCUUUUUAGGGUUGGAAAUCAAUCUGGCCAUCUGCUUCAGAUUUAGAGCAGAAUGUGCGAACUGAAUGUCUGCUGAUCACCAAGCAGUGUGUUGCAAUGCAUCCCAUCUGCUGUAUGAGAAUGUGACAGUCUGUUAUUUGUCAUCGGAGCAUUUCAUUCAUCUAUUCACGGAGCUAUUUCCUGCCUGAACGCACUUCAUCAUUAACAAGCAGGAUGGAACAUUUGAUCUAUAGGAUAUGUCAAUAAUUGGCUAUUCACAUUUCAGUUUGGAUAUUUCAGAGCUGAGCGUCCAACAUGUAACAUUUAAAACGGAGCCAAGACGAGUGUAUAACAUCUGAGAUGAGAGCCGGGAGUGGAGGAUACAAAAUAAUUCAUUGUCUGAUUGUUGUAAUGAAUUUCCAGCCUUUGACUUCGUUCAGUACGUCCAUUAUUUUCUGCUGAAAAUGAUGAAAUAUUUAAGGGCAGUGUAGGCCUUUUAAUAAACUCCCCCACAGUGGUAUGAGAGGAAAGGCAGUUAAAGGAGAGUCCAUGGUGUUUGAUUAUUUCUGUUCAUUAUAGAUCCUCUUUAUAGAUAUAGAUAUAUAUAUAUAUAUAUUAUCUUUAAUGUGCACAUGCAUAUGUGAUGCGUUGUCUGUAUUUACCUAAUACUGAAAUAAACUUUUUCCUGACGAGUU